AUGAGGAUAGCUUCAUUGUUUGGGCCCGCGGCGGCUGGCUGGCCCUCGUUUCUCGCGCUUUUACCGACUCUGAACGCCCUGUCAUUCGAACCAGUCUCAGUUCCAGAGCUGGACCUGACCUCGCUGGGACGGGUAUCAAUCACUGGUGAUUUUGAUGGCGUCUCUCUCUAUCAGUAUAAGGGACAAACCGAAUCAAUUGCUCAAAAUGGCACUCAAGCCCUUUUAACCCCGCUCCCGAACGGCAUCCUCACAAAUCUUUCCUCAUCCGACGCGCAGAUUAUGGCAAUGUGCCCCUUUAUUCAAAAGAAUGGGGCCUUUGCGGGAAUAUUUGUCGGUGGUAACUUCACUAGCCUGGGCGGGGUCGACUCACCCGGCGCUGCACUCUUCAAUCCGAAUACCAGCAAGGUCACUGCUUUGCCAGGUCUCUCAGGCUCAGUAGCGGCCGUGACUUGCGAUCAGGAGCACAAUCGCGUCUAUGUUGGAGGCAAAUUUUCACAUGACAACACCACUAACGUAGUCGCCUGGACGCCUGAGAAUGGCUGGACUGAUCUCUCAUUCAAUGGUCUGAAUGGCCCAGUCAGCUCGAUCUUGAAGGCUGAGAAUGGCCAUAUCAUCUUUGGAGGAUCAUUCGACGCUCUAGGAAACAGCACUAAAUCCACAAAAGAAAGGCAGAUCCUCAACCUUCAAAAUGCGACUGUCACGUCCGAUUCAGAUUCCCCUCUGGAUGGCUACUCUGAUCCUCGUAAUAUUAUCUGCUCGACGAGUGGAGAGGCUGCUCCAGGCAAGACCUAUCUUCUGCAUGAUUAUGCGCCGGGAUUUUGGAGAGCGGACCUCGGCUUCGACUUUUUCCCGACCAAGAUCCGCCUCUACAAUACUCAUUUGGAUGGACGCGGUACCAAGGCCUUUUUACUUCGAGCUCUCCCCGACAAUGGCAUCAUGAAUUUGACGUACACUGACGAAUCGGGACACAAAGCCAACUGUGACUCGUAUUGCCCGCUUUCUAGCAACCCUAGUGAAAAGUACCGUGAAUUCACUAUGGUUAACCCCGUUGGCAUGCAGGGACUUCAAAUCGAAGUUCUUGAUUGGUAUGGACAGGGAGCUGGCCUGAACGGCAUCCAAGUUUUUCAGGAUCAAAUCCUAACUUAUGCCAUCGAUCAAUACAACGAACCCACCUGCGCAGGGAUUGAAUAUCCUGCCCAGUCAAGGCGCACCGGCUCUUGGACCGUCGAGUCUGGGUAUGUGUCUGCAAAAGUGACCGACUCUGAUGCGUCUACUACAAGUGUCACAUUCGAGCCUGACCUGAAAAAGUCCGGCAACUAUAAGAUCAAGGUAUAUACACCCGGCUGCAUCCAGGACAACUCUUGCAGUUCGCGGGGUAUUGUCAACGUCACGGCUACUCUUACGAGCGGCUCUGACUCUGACCAACCAGGUCCGUCAUAUCUCUAUCAAACCAACUACUACGAUAAGGAAGACACUUUCUACACUGGCUACGUCGACGCCAACAGUGACUCCUUCCGGCCCAAGGUUACUCUGCGAGCCAAGGACGGUCAAGGUGAUAUUACGAUUGUGGCGUCUCGUGUUCGCUUUGAACUGCUCUCUAGCACUGGUGGCCUCAAUGGGCUCUAUGACUAUGAUCCAACUUCAUCCAAGACUGACACCACAGAUCUCACAAAGUCGGACAUCAACAAGGCGGGGACUUCGCUCAACCACAAUGCAACAAUCACAGUUAUCAAGGAGCAUGAUGAUGUGAUUUAUGUCGCUGGUAAUUUCUCUGAUAGCAAGAUCCACAACAUCAUGUCGAUCAGGGACGGCGCUAUCACCGCAAUGCCUGGCUCUGGACUUAAUUAUCCAGUACUGGCAAUGUCUACCCACGAUGAUCUCCUAUAUGUUGGAGGUCGCUUCACCGAUACCUCAGAUGGUGGCGCGGAUGGCCUCGAACACGUUGCAGCAUACUCAUUCUCUUCGAAGAAGUGGUCACCUCUGGGCGCAGGACUGAACGGUCCUGUCAACUCAAUUUGGCCUGUUGCGUUGAAUGCAUCGACAGCUAUCAACGAAACCAUAAUUGCCGUGAGCGGAGACUUUGACCAAAUCAUUGCGUCCAACGGCAAACCCGCUGUUUCUGUGGCUGGGUUUGCCAUCUGGGUCCCUUCCCACAAGGACUGGCUCCAGAACCUCAAUGUCACACAGAUGCAAUUCGGUGGUCAACUUUCAGCUGUUGCUUCCCACAACAAUACCCUCAUCUUGGCUGGUAAUCUUGCCACUAACGGUAUCAUCGCUGGUGGUGCGGUGUCGCUGCUAGACUUUGACGAGAACCUGCAACUCAUCCCUCUGUCAAUGAAGGUCAACCGCAAAAACCCGAGUACCGGUCUGAUCACUGGUGCUUAUGACACCGAUUCAGAUCGCAAUCUUACCAUCUACGGUGGACAUUUCACCGCCGCUAGUAGCAAUGGAUCGAUGAUUGAAAAUAUUGCCAUCCACAACGGCACCGAUCAGACCAUCUCAGGUCUGCCACAAGGCGUCGAUACUAACUCAACAUUUAUUUCAAUGCUUGUACACAAUGACACCCUUUAUGCGGGUGGAAACAUUACUGGAAAUCUUGGCCAUUCCACACUAGGUGGCCUUGUGGUUUUUGACCUUGUCAAAAACGAGUUCUCAGAGACCCAACCAAAGUUCUCGGGCUCAGACGUAGCUGUCAAUGCUAUUGUCAAUCGACCGGGCUCAUCUGAUGUCUACUUCGGAGGAAAUUUCGAAGCGGUCGGCCAGUUUCCCUGUAAUUCGGUUUGUUCUGUGGAUCCCACCACCGGCGAGUGGACUCACCCUGGCACGUCCCUCAGUGGUACGGUGAUGGAACUCAAGUGGGCCAGCCAAAACAAAUUGAUGGCUAUUGGUGACCUGCGAGUCGGUGGCAACCAGACCUCAAUUGCUGUCUACAAUGUGAAAUCUGACUCCUGGUCAGCCUUCUCUGGCGCUUCCCAGUCUGAAAUCCCUGGAAAUGUCACUGCUUUCACUCCCGCUAGUGCAGACAUGUCGAAGUUCUGGAUCGGAGGUACUGCCACAAAUGGUUCAGCCUUCUUCAUGAGCUACGACGACUCCAAGAAGUUCCAGUCUCCCGCGAGUCUGUUCUCCGAAGGCACGGUCAUUCGUGGCUUAGAGGUUCUUCCUGUUCGCCAUGAUCAUUCUGAUGCCUCCCUGUUGAAUAACGACCAGACGUUGUUAAUUAUUGGUUCCCUCCUGAUCCCGGGCUUUGGUCAUGCAUCGGCAGCACUCUACAAUGGGAGCGAUGUCACUCCGUUCAUUCUUUCCCAGCAAGCAGAUGGCACACCGGGCAGCAUGUCGAAGUUCUUCUCGGAGAAGAAAAAUCCUUACACCAAGGACACAAAACAUCACUCCAAUGGCAUCGCAGUCUUGGUAGCCUUCUGCUGUGCUCUCGGCUGCGUCUUCCUCAUCGUCCUGGCCGGUGUCAUCCUGAACAAGGUGCAGCGCCGCCGCCAGGGUUACGCAGCUGCCCCUCAGACCUUUGGCACUGACCGACCUUCUGAUAUGCAGCGCUUGCCCCCAGAGUAUCUGUUCAACUCUCUGCGCCAGCCCAACCCCAGUGUCCCAGCCCUUUAA